GUGUGUGUAUGAAUAGUUUAUGGCCGUUAAUCCAAAAACCUGAUAUAUGAAUGGAAGUUUAGAAGAAGAAGAAGAGGAGGAGGAACAAGAGAAUGAAAUAAUGAGAAUAGACACUUUGGAAUCCGACAAAGAGAGUCGGUGCAAACAGCAGCCAGCCCAAUAACUCAAACCCACACACCAGAGAGAGAGAGAGAGAGAGAGAGAGAGAGAAACGCAAUCACGCACUCGCCGUUGUCUUCAUCACUUCUCUUCUUCCGCCCCGCUCCCCCACUGCCACGUCAGAUCCCACCGCUGCCGCCGCUCGAUGUCACCGUUGCCGUAGCUUCGAUACUCACCGCCAGAUCCUCCCAAAAAAUCAACUCAGAUGUUCAUGUAAUUGCGUUUGUGCAGCUGUUGAAAUGAAUGGGGUUCAGAACAGAAGAGUUCACAAUGUUGAGAAACCUUUCCCUGGCUGCCUGGGAAGAAUGGUCAACCUCUUUGAUUUGACUGCUGGGGUUUCUGGAAAUAGGUUACUCACUGAUAAGCCACAUCAUGAUGCUUCUUCACUUUUGAGAAGUCAAUCAGAUGUGGCAAGGAUCACCAAUCCUUCUUUUGGUGAUCAAUUAGAGGAUAAGCUGAUGGUUUCAGACUCAAUGAGAGGAUCUUCACAGAAGAGAAUCAAUGGAACACCCAUCAAGAUGCUCAUAGACCAAGAGAUGUCCAAAGAAAUUGUUUCCAAGCAUAAUCCACCUAAUGUAGUUGCCAAAUUAAUGGGGCUUGAAGCCCUCCCACGGGGAGAGCCUAAUUUGGCCAUGGAGAGAAGCUACAGAGGAGAUUAUUCUCAACAUAUGCAUGGUCAUUCAGGAACACCAUUCAGACACUGGCAGCUGGAAGAUAGAUUUAUGGACAAGGAAAUGCUUCAUGAAGGUCAUCCGAGCACAGAACAGAUUGCUUACAGAGAUAUUUAUGAAAUAUGGCUUCAAUCACAGAGAAUGAACAAUGUAAGAGACACGAUGCCAAAUGGAGAAAAGUGGACUGAAGAUGUUAGUGCAAAAAAAAUGGCGUUCAUACGUCAGAAAUUUAUAGAAGCAAAACGUCUCUCUACAGAUGAGAGACUGCGCCAGUCCAAGGAGUUUGAUGAAGCCUUGGAAGUUUUAAGCUCCAAUAAUGACCUACUAAUCCGGUUAUUGGAUUCUCAAAAUCUUUAUGAGCUUCAGUCUACUCCGAUUGCUGAGACUAAGCGUAUUACUGUUCUUAAACCGUCGAAGAUGGUUGACCGUGAAAAACCCUGUGCCAAGGGCAAGAAUGAUAAAUAUGUUAAGAAACCAACAAAUAUUGGCCAAGCAGCUGCUUGGGAGAAAACUAGUCCUGUGUAUUCUCCAGCCAGCCAGAAAGUUGAUGAUUUCCCGGUUCAACCUACUCGAAUAGUGGUAUUGAAACCUAGCUCUGGGAAGACUCAUGAGAUUAAGGCUGUGCUUUCUCCGACAACUUCAUCUCCUCGGAAUCUGCACACUGGAAGUUUAUAUCACGGUCUUGAAGAUUGUGAUGCACUAGAGCAAACAACAAAUGCAAGCGAAAUCGCACAGCAAAUACCUGAAAGCCUGAGGAGCCAUCAAAGAGAUGAAACAUUGCAUUCUUCAGUAUUUUCCAAUGGAUAUAUCGGAGAUGAAAGUUCAUUUUACAAAUCAGAUAAUGAGUAUGCUGCAGGAAAUUUGAGUGAUUUGGAACUUAUGUCACCAUCUCCAAGGCAUUCUUGGGAUUACAUCAAUCGCUGUGGCAGCCCUUUUUCUUCAUCAUCCUUCAGUCGUGCUUCCUGUUCUCCUGAGUCAUCUGUUUGCCGAGAGGCCAAGAAACGACUUUCUGAAAGAUGGGCCAUGAUGGCAUCAACUAAAGGUACACAAGAGCAGAGACAUCUUCGGAGAAGCUCUACAUUAGGUGAGAUGCUCGCUCUUUCAGAUAUGAAGAAAGUUAUAAUAUCUGAGGUUGAGGAUAUUAACAGAGACCAAGGACCUAGCAACUCUGUUUCUUGCAGUCGUAAUAUUAGUGAAGAAAUAUGCAUGGAUGGAUCUCCUAAGAAUCUUCCUAGGUCAAAAUCUGUCCCUGUAUCUUCCACUGUCUAUGAAACUGGGCCCAGCACUGAAGUUUGUGAUCAUGAUACUAGAAAAGCACAUGUCUCCAAGGAGUUGACAAAGUCAAAGAGUAUGAAAUCAUCAUUUAAAGGGAAAGUUACAAAUUUCUUUUUCUCAAGAAAUAAGAGAUCAACCAAGGAGAAGUCUUUUCUAUCUCAAUCCAAAGAGGAAUCUCAGUCAACUCUAACUGAUACGUCAGUAUCUCCAGUAAAUUCACGUGGAGUUAGAGAUGGUGAGUCUCAAAGCUUCAACAGCGGUGCCUUUGCCGAGUGUUCUCUUCCAGCUGUAUAUGAAUCAUCUGGAAAAUCACAUUCAGACUCUGAUGGACAAGGCGUAAUAUCUCUCGAGUCCACAGUGGCUGGAACAUCAACAGAAAACCAGGAUCAGCCUAGUCCAAUCUCAGUUUUAGAACCUCCUUUUGAAGAUGAGAAUGCAGCUCAUGGAUCCUUAGACUGUAUGAAGGGUGGUCAGCUGGGAUCACGGCUGCUUAUGAAGUCUAAUUUAAUUGAUAAAUCACCACCCAUAGAAUCAAUAGCUCGGACCCUGUCAUGGGAUGACUCUUGUGCAGAGGUAGCAAGUCCCUAUCCGUUAAAACCAUCAUUGGUCUCCCUAGACACCAAGGUGGAGGAACAAGAUUGGUUUGUUCUCGUUGAUAAACUACUAUUGGCAGCUGGACUUGCCAAUCAAGUGCAGUCCGACUCAUUUUACCCAAGAUGGCAUUCCCUUGACAGUGCUUUGGAUCCAUCAUUGAGGGAUAACUACGCCAAUCCGGAUGACAAGGAGCCUCAGCCUCUCCCCGAAGCCCGGCGAAGGCAGAGGAGAUCCAACCAGAAGCUAGUAUUUGAUUGUGUUAAUGUAGCCCUAAUGGAGAUUACCGGUUAUGGAUCGGAGAAGUACAUAAGGUUGUGGGGUGGGAAUAGUCACUGCAUGUUCCCAUUCCUGGAGGGUGCAACACCUCCAUUGGUGGACCUCAUUGUGGCCCAGAUGAAGGAUUUAAUAUCUGGUGGGAUGAGGUCUCUUUGGGGUGACUGUGGGGACAGUAACAGCCUGGUUGUGGAGAGUGUUGUCAGAAAAGAGGUUGUGGGGAAUGAGUGGGUUGAGCUUAUGGGUCUGGAGAUGGAUAUUUUGGUUAAGGUGGUAGAGGGGAAGUUGCUGGAAGAACUUGUGGAGGAUGCUGUGCUUGAUUUGACAGGCAGGGCUUGAAUGGCUUCUUGGUUGG